AUGGCUAGCAACUUCCUCGGCCCCAUGCCAGUCAAAGCCUUUUUGACAGAGUUCAUGCCCUGCACCUCGGGCAUGCCAAAGAUGGGAGUCAAGAGGCUUCAGGUCGAAUCGAUAUCCAAAGGUAACCGAUUCGAGCCAGAUUUCAUAGCGGCUGUUAACAGAGCCAGGCUGUGCCCCCGGUUCGUCCUCGUCGACACGACCGACAAAAACGACACCGAUCCUCCAAAGCGAUAUCCAACAAUAUCUAUCUACAAGCGACCUUACGGAGGCUCGCGCAAGGCAGACUUUCGCCUCAUCGACCUUCAUAUCGUGCGCAAAACAAUCGUAGAGGACCCGUUCAUAGACCCAUCACCGUCGACCCCUCGUCGCGAACACAUGUUUGAGAAUACUUAUGACCGACGUGCCAUCAGGACUCGACGGCACAUCGUUGCUUACACGAAUCGCCAAUUCUCGUUGCAAAACCGGUGCUUUGCGUUCUCGGUCCUCUUCCUCGACCAGUUUGUCCGGUUCAUCCGAUGGGAUCGCGCAGGGGCUGUUGUGACUGAGCGUUUUGACUGGAGACAAGAUCCGAAGACCCUGGCGACAUUCUUGUGGCAUUUCAGCCAACUUUCCGACUCGCAGCGGGGGUACGACACGUCUGUGUCGAAGCCCACCCUUGAGGAGAUCGAGCGAACCAAGGAGAAAUUGAACGAGCGUGCAAAGGCAUUGGCGCGAGCAAAGGGCGAAGACGAAGAUUUUGCAAGCGAGCGAUACUCGACAAAUGACUCUUUUCGGAAGCUCUGUGUAGUGGACGAUGAUCCCGACGUUGAGGACGACCAGCGGACACAGUAUUUCGUCGCUUCAGCCCCUCAAUGGCAGAGCAAAGAAUUGGUAGGACGGGGAACUAGGGGCUACGAGGCGCUGGAUUUGCAGACCGGCGAACUGGUUUACGUGAAGGAUGUCUGGCGGUACGAGACAGCUGGACUAGAGAAAGAAGGUGACACGUACCGAUUGCUUCGUAAAAACAAGGUUUCGCGGAUUCCUCGUCUUGUUUGCGCAGGCGAUGUGAAGAAUCAGACAUCAAGUACACGUGAGUUUGAGGACGAGGAGUGGUGCUGUGGAAGGCCGAGACCGAUGCGACACCGCCAUUAUCGAUUAGUGCUCAAGGACCUCGGACGUUCAUUGUCAGAAUUCAAUUCAACUAGACAGCUCUGUCAGGCUGUUUUACACGCGGUGAUCGCUCACAAAGAGGCCUACGAGGCCGGUGUACUGCAUCAAGACAUCAGCGAGGGCAAUAUCUUGAUUACGGACGAAGGAGAAGGUCUUCUGAUUGAUUGGGAAUUGGCAACGAGACUUGAUGAUGAGGAUUCAGACACUGACGUCCAGACAGGCAGAGUGGGAACGUGGCAGUUCCUCUCAGCCGCCUUACUCAUGGAGCCCGGUAAAGAACAUGAACUACAAGACGACCUCGAGUCCUUUUUCUACAUCAUCCUCCGCCAAAGCAUUUGCUAUCAACGCAACGACAUCGUACGCACCGGCUUGGUGGGAAGAUUCUUUGAUGAGCUCGUCACAGGCAACGAUGGCCGCGAGUAUGGCGGAACAACAAAAAGGGACUACCUCGUCACUCAGAACUUUCACUUCUUCGGCGAGGAUAACCUUCGCGAAUUCCUCAGCGGCGUGCACGUUGACCUUAUCCAGGGCCUUCGGGCGCUGUUCCUUCCGAUUUACAUCGAUCAGGACCCAUGCGAACCUGUCGCUGUUGCCGGAGUCCUUGAAUCUUCGGACAGAUUCAUACAGAUCAUCCAAGACCAAUUGGACAAAGAAGAUCAGUGGAAAGUUGGUGAUAAGAGCUACGACAUGCGCGUAGACUAG